GAAAAUUUCCACACACAGGGAAAGCGAAAGGAAAAAGAAAACUCGUGAAACACGCUGAAAGAAAAUUCACACACAGUGUUAAUCCCUCUUUCUCACCAACCAAAUGCUCACCCAUGACAUUCUUCUUCUUCCAUGGUGGCAGUAGCAUGACCUGAAGGGAAGCGAAACCCUCGUCGUCGCGUUGUUGAUUCAGGUUCAGCUGGGGAUGGGGGCCUCGCUGUCGAACCUUGGAACCAAAGGUUCGACCAUCGGUCCCGGCCUCGGGGACAUCCCGGAGAAUUGCGUCGCUCGCGUUUUUCUUCACCUCACUCCGCCCGAGAUUUGCAACUUGGCCCGCCUCAACCGCGCCUUCCGCGGCGCUGCCUCCGCCGAUUCGGUUUGGGAAACCAAGCUUCCCAGCAACUACAAGGAUCUGCUCCACGCGCUGCCGCCUGAACGGUUCCAGAAUCUCUCUAAGAAGGACAUUUUCGCCCUCCUCUCUCGUCCGCAACCCUUCGAUGAUGGUAACAAGGAAGUGUGGUUGGAUAGGGUUACGGGAAGGGUUUGCAUGUCCAUUUCGGCAAAAGCCUUGUCAAUUACUGGAAUUGAUGACCGGAGAUACUGGACUUGGGUUCCUACUGAAGAAUCUAGGUUCAACUGUGUGGCAUAUUUGCAGCAAAUAUGGUGGUUUGAAGUGGAUGGUGAGAUCAACUUUCCACUCCCUGCUGAUAUUUAUACUCUCUCCUUUAGGCUUCAUCUUGGACGGUUUUCCAAGAGGCUUGGUCGGCGUGUAUGCCAUUAUGAACAGACCCAUGGUUGGGAGAUAAAACCGGUUAGGUUUGAGUUGUCGACUUCGGAUGGUCAGCGAGCAUCAUGCGAAUGCUGCUUGGAUGAUACUGAGCAUGAUGAGAUAUAUGGCUGUCAUAAGCGUGGAUGUUGGGUAGAUUACAAGGUGGGUGAGUUUCUCGUCACUGAAUCAGAACCUACAACUAAAGUUAGAUUCUCCAUGAAACAAAUCGAUUGUACACACUCUAAAGGUGGGCUUUGUGUAGAUUCUGUAUUUAUUAUACCUAGUUGUUUGAGAGAUCGUAAGAAAAGCGGCUUUUUGAAGUAACCACACACAGGAUAGUUUUUUUUUUUCUUUUCAUGUCAGACAUCCCAGAAAGCUCGAGGAGGAUCUACUAUACCGCUUACACCUGUGAAGGAAAUUAAGAAUAUGGAAUGGAGGAUGUUAUAGUUUGUUGGGAUUUCUUAUAUUCUUUAAUCUUUUCUGCAGUUGGUUUGUGUGCUCUGUAGUUUUUCUGUAAUCACAAUUUGCUUUGUCAGAUGAGAUUGAUAAAGAAGCUGUAAAACUUUGGCUGCUCUGUUCCUUCUGUGACAUAGUUGUAAUACAUAGUAGUUCUUCCUCACCUGAUAAUACUCCAUUUGAUAAACGAAUUUUACAUGUAGUGAGGGUUGCAUGUAGUUCGCAGUGAAGAUGUUUAGUUCCCUUUAUGCUGUCACUGCAAAUGUAAAUGUAACAAUAUCAAUGUCAUUCUCAAAUCUCAAUGGAUUGUAUGCUGGUAUGCUCAACUGAUUGCCUUGAAAAUUAAAGGAGUUUAGAUGGUA